GUUCCAUGAACUCCACCGCGACUUGCACCAUAGUAUUGAGGCAACCAGUGAUGAAGAAGAUCUGCGCUGGUGGCGCAGCACCCACGGGCCUGGCAUGGCCAUGAACUGGCCACAGUUUGAGGAGUGGUCCUUGGACACACAGAGGACAAUCAGUCGGAAGGAGAAGGGUGGCCGGAGCCCCGAUGAGGUUACUCUGACCAGCAUCGUGCCCACAGGAGAUGGCACUGCACCCCCACCCCAGUCCCUGGGGUCCCCAGGCAGUGGGCAGGAUGAGGAGUGGUCAGAUGAGGAGUGUCCACGGAAGGCUGCCACUGGGGUGCGGGUGCGUGCACUGUAUGACUACGCGGGCCAGGAAGCUGAUGAGCUGAGCUUCCGAGCAG